CGUGUAGGCUUUUAUUGUGAAGUUUGAUGACCUGGAAGUAGUUAGACACAGCUGUAGACAUCGCUUCACCUGCUUCCACCUUCAACCCUGAAUAUGUGAAUAUGUGGUCCUUUUCAUCAGCAUGGAGGCGGACUCAUUAGUGUAAGGUUUCCUACAGCACUGUGCAUCGACCCCCUUACGUGUGACGCAUCGUCCCGACUGCAGCUCCACCAUGAACACAAAAUCAUGUGUGAUUCUGCUCCGCCUCUCCAGGAUGGGGUUCAGACUGUGUGCAUCCAAAUCCCCUCGCUGCGGUGUUGGAGCCUUGAGUUUAACAACGGUGACUUCCACUUGUCUUCCAAAUAUCUCAUCCUACUCGCCUGUACCCUGCAGUCACUACUACUCCAGCAGCGUCAAGGUGCGCCCCUAUCUUCAGUACAUGAAACGCAAGAUCAUACCCCUUCCCAGUCCUCCGUACAGUCACGUGUGCCAGGUAGGGGACCCAGUGCUGCGUUCACAUGCAGCUGCCGUUGACCCUGCAGAUAUAACAGGCCCUGACGUGCAAAAGGUCGUCAGCACUAUGGUGAAAGUGAUGCGGAAACUUGAGUGUGUGGGACUGAGUGCGCCUCAGAUUGGGGUGCCCCUCCGCAUCCUGGCCCUGGAAUAUCCCGAGAAGAUGUGGAAAGACAGUUCGCCUGCAUCAAGGGAGUUCCUUGGUCUUUCCAUCCAGCCCCUGAGGAUCUUUAUCAACCCCCAGCUGAUGGUCCUCGAUGGACGGACGGUGCCCUUUCAAGAGGCCUGUGAGAGCAUCUCGGGCUUCUCUGCCACAGUUUCACGCUACGUGUCUGUGGAAGUGUCUGGUCUGAAUGAGAAGGGUGAAGCCGUCACGUGGCAGGCCAGCGGCUGGCCAGCUCGUAUCCUCCAGCACGAGAUGGACCACCUGGAUGGGGUGCUCUACAUCGACCGUAUGGACAGCAAGACCUUCAUCAACAUCAACUGGCAGGCACACAAUGAAUAGAGGAUCCUCAGGACAGACCACAAGCAUUUACAUAAGAAGCUACUGAUGACAUGCAGUGAUUUUAAGUUUUACUCCACACAACAUUGUGUUGAAAGCUUCGACAUCUGCUGUUUUGAGCACAAUGUGUCUGCUUAACCUUUCAUGUGGAAAACCUUCUGGAUUGCAGAAAGUGAUGCAUUUUGGUAUCUGGUUCUGGAUGGAAUAACAGCUCAGUAUCAGGGUCAUCGUGAACUGCUUCAACUGAAAAUCCAUCAGUAGAAGUGUUUUUGUGAUUGCUCGAAGCUGCAGUCUUGCAGUAUAUCACUUUAAAGUGCAAGCCAAGGGAGCCAUGUUCUGUGGACCUCAGGUCUAUGUUUGAUGAAUAAAGAGGCCAAUGUGUUCAUGAUAAAA